GGUUGAGAUAGGAAUUUAUUUGUGGAGCAGUCAGUAUUACUGUAAGAAUGUAUUGUCCUCGGCUAAGACAGAUACCACAUAAUGCAGCCAUUCUGUAGUGUAUUCAUCCUUCAAGUAGUUUUCUUAUGGAUUUUUCCUUGUCACUGGACAUCAACUUCCACAUUUUCGGUGUUUCCGGUAGACAUUUGCCCUAAAAAUGAAACUGAAGUGGAAGAAGCCUCGGAAAAACUUAAUUGUUCUAUUGGUUUUCACGAAACUAAGAAUGAGUAUCACUGUGUACCCAUGUCAAACUUCACACAGCUUGUCGAGUUUUGUUAUCCGAAAACAAGUGGAUUGAUAGGAAAAGGUCUUUGCAUGGUUCUUUCGGGAAACAUUUUGGAUGCUCGGGAGUGCCACCAAUUUAACGAUGGAUGUCCUGAUAUCCUUUACACUUCCGAGACGAUGUACCAAUUUCCUGUCUGUUCGCUGAUCAAUAAAGAAUCCAAAUGCUAUUUGGCAGAUCCUGCAUGCCCUUCUCUCUGGCAGCCUUCAUCUACCCCCCGUCACAAAACCAUAACUAAUAAAAAUACCCCGAUGGAUACAGGUACAGCAACAAUGAUUAUAGUGAUUGGGAUUUUUACUCCUUUGAGUCUUCUGGUUCUAUCAGCUUUUGCCUACUUCAUGUUCAGAAGAAGACGGAUGAGAAAUGAGAAUGGUGGAAUUGAAGAGAUGGAGAACCUUUAUAAAGAAGAAGGAGAAAGCAGAGAUACAUUUGAAGACUGUGCCAUAGACGAUGACUUUCGAAAACGUUUCAAGCAAUACAUUGAAGAGGGGUCAGUAGAGGCAUGCCCAAUAUCACAAAUAAUCAUUGUUGGAGAGAAUGGAGUAGGGAAAACUACUCUUCUCUAUCGACUUCAAAGAAGAGGUCAGGCAGAAAUAGAUCAAAUACGAUCAACGAGAGGGGUCGAGUGUCACACAAAAAAAUCUGGAUUCAUCGUAACAGAUGGGCAACUCAAAAGAAAUAAAGAAGAGAAAAGCAAUUUAGCGGUACCCCCAGCAAGCGUAUUAGCAGGUGGAAAUUCAGCAUGGAGUUCGUUGGAGAAACAACUCCCCAAAGAAGAAUACAAAAGGAAGCAGAGUAAUGAUGAGAUACAUCAACUGGAUAUAGAAGAUGAUUGGAACAACUCAAGAGAAGGAGCAGCAAAUCGUAUGACAAAAGAAGACAUUAUCUCUGAUGAGAUGAAAAACUUAACCGAAGGUGCUAAAACUUCAGAAGGAGUUCCCGGUAUGUAUGGUCUGCUUUUCGAGUUCGAUAACAUGACGGAGCAAGCAGCGACUUUGAUCUGGUAA